GAAAUAAACAGAUUUUCACUGUUUGCCUUUAUUUGUAAUGUUGGUUUUCGGUCGAGGAAAGAUGUAACUAGAAUUUGAUCAAGUUGUUAAGGUGUUGGAAGAACCUGUGGUGUAAUGUUAAUUUUGGAAGUUCAAAUACAAUACUCCAUUGGUUAGCCUUUAACGUUACUCGGAACUACCUUUAUUGGUCCUCCAUAAUGUGGGAUGUUGAGAUCAGGGGCAUGGCGUCGGCUCAUGCCAUUAUCGCCUCCUCUAUCUUUAUGGCAACUGUGAUGCCUGCUGCAUUGGUGAAUAAAUUUUCCGUCUACGGGACGCACAUGGUUUGGCUGUAUUGCGUGGCUGGAUCCAUUACUGUAGUCAACAUCGCAGUCUUUUGGCUUCUAGGCAUCAGCCCGCCAACAAAGAAGAACACACUAAGCUACAAGAUCAGCAGAUUUUUCAGAUCCUGUCUGUACUUUCUGCUGUCAUGCCUAUUUUUUCAUACCGUGGUAGUACUAUAUGGAGCUCCUCUACUUGAGUCUGCACUGGAAACGUUUUCUCUGGCCGUGUUGCUGUCCACACUCACUACACUGAGAUGUCUCUGCAUUCUGGGCCCGAAUGUACAGGCGUGGAUACGGGUUUUCAGCAGAGACGGGGCGAUGUCAGUGUGGGACACCUCUCUUCAGAUCACCACCGGCUGUAGUGUUAUUGGGGCCUGGCUAGGAGCUUUCCCUAUUCCUCUUGACUGGGACAGACCCUGGCAGGUUUGGCCCAUUUCUUGUACCCUUGGGGCAACCAUUGGAUUUCUGACCGGCCUCCUCGCCGCCCCCGUCUGGAUCCAUUGGCAUCGCAAACAACUCACAUACAAGCUUAAGUGAGUAAAAGAAGUACAGGCCAUCAGGAACCCAAAGAAAGAGAUCCAGACGAAAGUCAAAAAAUGACCGUACGGGCUCCGAAUCAAAGAAAUGACUCACAUUUACACCAAUAAAAAAAAGUGUUGUCUUUUUGUAGAACAGAUAGUUUGUUGUCUGCUCGUAAUGGCAGUAUAUUUAUUUGAUCAUUCCUCUCAUCCUGCUAGUAAAUGAAGAUGUUUUGUAAAAAGCAACUGUUUUGCAACCUAAUUUGAGAUGCUGAGUUUCCCUUUUUUUUUUGGAAGUUAAAUAAAGUCCUACUUCUGUAAAAA